AGAUGGGAUUUUUGGCUAUCCGUGCUCUUAUAAGUAUCCUGGCCAUUUGGCUGGCAUGUCUCGUGUGGCAGACCAGCUCGAUCUGCUGCAAGCCCACAGUUAUAUCCUUCGAGCUGUCGGCGAGUGCGGAGGGAGAAAGCUGCGAGUACUUUGGCGGCAGAUCAAACGAGGACGGCUCCUGCUUGGCGUCGAUCUGUAAUGAUGGAAAAGCUGUCAAAAAUAAGUGGUGCAGCCGUGGCAACUGUGAUUCAAGUGGAUGUCGCUGCAAGCGCGGUUGCAUCAAGCGCCAAUUUGAUCCCGUUGCGAGUUUCAAUGAAAUCCAUGGUUUUCUCAAUUUUUUGAGUGUUUCGCGAAAUGUAGAAAAACCGAUCAAAUUAAGUCUACCUGAAAGUCAAAGAAAGGAAAGAACAUCAGGUGUAGACAUGAAUUAAAAAAUUGAAUUUUUAAUUAAUUUUUACUAUUAUUUAUUUAACUAUACAGCUUUCAAGUAGUCUACAAAUAUUACAAUAUUACAAAUAACAUUUUAUGUAUUGCAAAAGAAA